AUGCCAUUCAUAGGCUCAAAUAUAUCAGCUAUUCGUGUUUCAGACAAAGAAAACGGAAUGGAAGAAGAGACUGAUGGACACGAGAACUCUAGUGACGAAGAUCAAAGUGUUCAACGACAGCAGUUACCCCCUCGUAAAAAAGCUAAACGCCGGAAUGUAUAUGAUCCUGAGCAAGAUAAAAAUGAAAAGCGAACGAUAAGAAAAGAGUAUAGAAAUCUAAUCACUUCCACUGAAGAAAAUCGACAAGAUUAUAUAAAAGCUGAUUCCAAUGGACUAUCAGAGACUUUAGCGAAAGCAAAUAAUUUAUACAAGAAAGUGAGAAACACGCAUGAGGCAAUCCUUGACUCUCGUAUUUUGGUCCUUUCAGGAGAUUUAAGUGUCCAAAAAGCGCGUCGUAUGAAGGUUGACAGCAACGCUUUUGACACGGAUGAUUAUAUUGCUAAAUUGGUAAAUUUUAUGGGAGGAGAACAACAGACACGUGGAGAGGAAGAUGAUGGUCACUUAGACUGGUUAGGUCUUGGUAAGGUUGCUGCACGACAUACCAAUCGUGUCCCAUCAGUGGACUUUAUGCUUGGCCCACUAUCAAUCGAACAAAAAGAAAGAGUAAAGGGAAAAGCAUCCGCACGAAUAGAAAAAGAUGAAAAGGAUCUCAAAACUCCUAUAAGUAUGAAAGAACGAGAUAUCGAAAGACAGGAGAAUGAAACGACGCGAAAUGUCAAAAUGCUUGCUGAUGUAAUUCAAGAAAAACAGCCAAUAAAUUUUAUUGAAUUAAUAAUAAAUCCUGAAUCAUUCAGUCAGACGGUAGAAAAUAUGUUUUAUUUAUCAUUUCUGGUGCGCGAUGGUCAAGUUAGUAUAGAAGAUGAGGACGGACAGCCAGUUUUAUCACGAUGUGAAUCGGCAACUGCUGAAGACUACGAGAACGGGCUGAUCAAAAAGCAAGUUGUCUUGGAGAUGGAUAUGGCUCUUUGGAAACAACUCGUUGAAAUAUAUGAUAUCAAAAAAAGUGUUAUUCCCACAAGAGAAAAGAAAGAAUAUACAGUUGGAAAGUGGUAUGGUUAA